AUAAGGAAAAUUUAGCACCAUGAAUAAUUGAAUUAUUUUCUCUUGAUUACCCUUCUCAGUUUAUUUAUUCUAUUUCUAAUAAAAAUUAUCUUUAGUUAUUGCAAAUAAUAACAACGCUAAUAAAAUAUGGGAGGAGGAAAAGAGCGUUCAAAAGAGCGUCGUGAAAAGAGGCUUCAAGAAAUUUCUUUGCUUCGUACCAUUCCUUAUUCCGAUCAUCGCCGGUGGUGGACCACGGAUACAAUAGCAGUAGUGACAGGAGGAAAUAGAGGAAUUGGGUUUGAGGUAUCAAGACAACUUGCUAAUCAUGGAAUGACAGUGGUACUCACUUCAAGAGAUACUGAAGUUGGUAUUGAGGCUGUUAAAGUCUUACAAGAGGUUGGAUUGCCUGUGGAAUUCCAUCAAUUAGAUAUUGUUAAUCCACAAUCAAUCAAGGAUUUUGCUGAUUGGAUUCAACUUACUCAUGGUGGUCUUGAUAUUUUGGUAAACAAUGCAGGCGUUAAUUUUAAUGUUGGAUCGGAAAAUUCUGUUGAGCGUGCGGAGCAAGUUAUUAACACAAACUAUUAUGGCACUAAACAUGUUAUUGAUGCUAUGAUCCCUUUGAUGAGGCCUUCUCCAUCUGGUGCUCGUAUUGUGAAUGUUAGUUCAAGGCUUGGCAGGCUCAAUGGGAAAAAAAGUAGAAUUGACAAUGAUGCAUUGAGAGAGCAAUUAUCUAAUGACGAAUUGUUGACAGAAGAGUUGAUUGAUGAUACGUUAAAAACAUUUCUUGAGCAAGUAAAAGAUGGAACAUGGACAUCUGGUGGAUGGCCCCAAACACAAACUGAUUAUUCAAUGUCAAAAAUUGCUAUUAAUUGUUACACAAGAUUUUUAGCUAAAAAAUUACCAGAUAAUCCCGAAGGUGAAAAGAUUUGCAUAAACUGUUUUUGUCCUGGUUGGGUUAAAACAGCAAUGACAGGUUGGCAUGGAAAUAUAUCCGUUGAAGAUGCUGCUGAUACCGCUGUAUGGCUAGCCUUGCUUCCUGGACAACCUGCAAGUGGAAAAUUUUUUGCUGAAAGACGUGAAAUAAGUUUUUAAAUACUUUGAUUUGAUGUUAAAAUUAAUGGUCUUUUAAUAUUGAUUGUAAAAUUUAUGUUAGAACAAAUUUAUCAAAAGAGAUAUAAUAGUA